UUCUUUUGUCAUUGUUGUAAUUAUUGUUCCCGUCGCAAACCGCCAAAGCAUCGUCAAUCCCAGCUCGAGAAACAAACCUUUGACCUCAAAAAAACAAAACAACCAUGUCGUUAUCCCCAACCGGAAGCCAAGCAAUCAUCACAAACGAAAAGGCUGCGCGGCGCUCGUCGUCGUCUCUGCUCAAGGGCGCAACGACAGACUCGAUUGUCAACGACGCCUACGUGCGCAUCCAUCGUCCGCUGUCGCGCCCGGCCAUUGACAUGAACGACAUUGUGAUUGUGUCGCUGACCAGCGUCAAGCUCAACCGCCUGUACUCGACCUCGGUCGUCCGAGUGCCUGGUCGACGCAGCGGUGUCAUUGUCACGUCCAUCAACGGCCAGGAGCAGACCAUUGGCUGGCGCAAGUUCAUCAAGCAAGACUCUGAAGUGUUCCGCCACCCCCAAAUAUUGUACUUUGGUCGUCUGGGCAAGAACAACCCCUUGCCAACCAAAGUCAUUGUGAUGGAGACUGACUCGGAAAUUGCGCAAAAGGCGCUCGAGGCCAGCAAAACCAUGUUUCAGGGCUUGGGUGCAGUCGGCAGCAUCGUGCCAGGUGUCGGCUCCCAGAUCUCGCGCGGCUUUGACGUAGCGACGGCGCUGGCAGAGAAUCUUGCCGGUCUUGUCCUGGAUGAUCUGGAGCUCCGAUUCGACGGUGCUUUGGGUGAGUUUGACAGCUCGGGCAUUCUGGUGCACGAAGGAGACCACCAUGUGAGUCGCUUCUCGACCAUGGUCCAGUCGCCCAAGGCCGUGACCCCAAAGUUGCAAAAGAGCAUGUCGUCAGAAGACUUGGCUUCGAAGGAUCUCUUCUCGCCCGACGCUGACUUUGACAUCCAAGUCACCCUCAAGCUCGAAAGGCUCCCUCGCAGCUCCCGACCGCCCUUCACCGUUGCGAUUGUUCUCUCGGCCAUCCAGCUCAACCUGCCCGGACUGCGCAAGCCCUUGGCGAACAAGCAAAACCAAAUCCUUUCGUUUGAUGUGACGUUCGGCGCAGGCAAGCUGAGCAGCACGUAUGACUUCGAAGCGCCGCUGCUGAACGGCAAAGCCCGCGCGGGCGACGUGUUUGGCAUUGACAACAAGGUGCUGUACCUUGGCCCCUGGGGCGAGGGUCUGCCGUUCAAUGCGAGCGCCACCGUGCUGAAACGCAAGCACUUGCUGUACAUGGAUGGCUUGUUGCAGAAAGCCAGCGCGUUCGGCACUGGUUUUGUUGCGCCCGAGCAUGCCGAAGACGUCGGCACCUAUGUUUCAAAGGGCGUGCAAGGUGUGCGCUCUGUUGUGGGCCAGUACUUGCGAGGCGCAAAGCCAAUCGACCUGCAAUCCGGUGUCAUGCUGCUCGAUCACGAGUCGGACGACAAAUUCACGCUGCGCUCCAACACGAGCGUUGCCAGUCGCUCUGUCGACUUUGACACGCCGUUCUCGAUGGUGCUGAGCAACGCCAACGCACACACGCAGGUCGAUCAGAAGGCCGGCAACAAUCUUCUCGAGGUGAUUGUUCAUCUUGAAGUUCGCCGCCUUCUGAACUAGCUGCUUUUGUGCUUUCUCUUCUUCUUGUCUAGAGUUGCUAUCAACGUAUUUUCCUGUUCUUGUUUGCUGUGAUCGUUUUUGCAAUGUUUGUUUGUUGCAGCGGAG